AUGGAGAGCUACUACAAGUGUAGGUUUUGCUUUAAAAGCUUCUGUAGUGAAAGAGCUUUAGGUGAUCACAUGAGAUCUCACAUGCCAAGUCUUAAAGAACAAGAGGAGGAAAGGGCGAGUCAACUCAGUGAUGAGACAGAGUUAGAUGUUUCUUCGUCUGAAAAAGGAGAAGAUAGAAAGAGAAAUGGGUUCUUCAGAGAGAAGCAUCAGAUGAUGGAAGACAAUGAAAGCGAGACCGAGUCCUCGAGGAAUAUUACCAACUCGAGACGUAAACGAUCCAAGCGAACUCGGAAAAUCGGUUACAAGACCGAGCCUGAGUGCGAGCCUCCUCAGAGCUCAGGUUCGGAUACAACGACGGAUGAAGAUCUAGCCUUUUGUCUCAUGAUGCUCUCAAGAGACAAAUGGAAGAAGAAGAAGAAGAAGAACAACAAAGUUAGUAGUAAAGAAGAGAUCGACACAGAAGCAUCACAAGGUUACAACAAAUCGAGCAAGAAAGGAAGAUUCACGUGCGAGACUUGUGGGAGAGUGUUUAAAUCUUAUCAGGCAUUAGGUGGGCACAGAGCAAGCCACAAGAAGAACAGAGUUUCAAACAAAACAGGCCAACGAAGCGAAACAGAGUAUGAUAACGUGGUUGUUGUUGCUCCAGAGAAGAGAAUCCAUGAAUGCCCGAUUUGUCUUAGAGUUUUUGCAUCGGGACAAGCACUUGGAGGUCACAAGAGAUCUCAUGGAACUGGGAACUUGUCUGUAAAUCAUCAUCAUCAAGUAAGAAGUGAGUCAGCGAAACAGAGGAUGAUAGAUCUUAAUCUUCCUGCACCAACCGAUGAAGAAGAAGUCUCUGUUGUGUUUCAGUAAAUGCUGAAUAAAGGUAACAGACUUCGCGUGAUUCGGGUCAUCCAAAUUUUCCUAAAGCUUGAAUAUUAUUAUUAUAUUUUGGGGUCGAAGUUGAACUAGAAAAAUUGUUUAUUUUACAUUCAAAGGAGGCUACUUUUACAUGUUCUAACGCCAAUUCUCCUUUUUCGUAUUGGCCUCACGUCGUGUUGUCUAUCCAUAUCAUUUGAAGAACAUUAGCUUCUACUUAGUUUAUAAACUACUAAUGUAUAUGUUUAUAUUAAAUCAUAUAUUCUGGGAGUUCUU